GUCAUCAGCACCGUCGAAUUCGAUUACUCACCAAUCGCCUCGUUGCGUGCUCGAUUGGUUGAAUUCAGAGUUCUCCGAUGAAGAGAAAGAAGAAGAUGAAUCGAGGUUGGAAUACGAAAUUCGAGCUCAGUCUGGUAGAGGUAGAAUUGGGAAAUUAGCAUCGAAUGAAGGGGCAAUUUGGGAAUCUGAUGGUUGGGUGGUGGUGAGGAAUGUGAGCACUGACGAAACAGCCGCAAUUUCGGAGCCAUCAUGUUGUUGUGGGGACGAAGAAGAAGAAGGGACGAGUUCGGAAUAUUUGAAUUUUACGAGGACCGAACAGCAAAUAGAAAAUUUUGAUUUCGGUGGUGACGGUGAUGCGGUGGAGUGUGACGGUGGUGGGUGGUUGCGACCGUGGGAUUGGGCGGUGGUGAAGACUGGAAGCAAGGUCAUUACAGCUGGUGUAAUUUUUUUAUUAUUAACUUCAUUGUAUUUGACAGCAAUAAUAUGUAUCCUAUUACGUUUUAUAAUAAUAUUACAUUCCAUAUUAUUCACAUUUUAUUUGAGACAUCAGUCUGUCCAUCUGACACCCUUCCCCAAGCUUCCAAUAUUAUUAUUAUUUAUUUCUUAAGAAUCUUAUCCCAAGUUGAAAAUCAAUAGGGUAUCAACUGCGUGGUCUUUUAUUUUUCUAUUAUUUUUUAAAAAAAUUUA